AGCCGCCUCCCGCGUUGGGUGUUGGGCCCAGCGCCUGAGUGAGACCGGCUGGGGGAGGCAAUAUCUUCUCGUCCUGGACCCACUUCUGUCUCUUUCACCGAGAGAAGUUGACCCAGCCAAGGCAGUACCUCCCCGGCCUUAUCUCGCUGGUAUCGUCCCUUGUAGAGCGCCCGCAGGUGCCAGGCACUUGGUAAAAAGGACUGGAGCGUGUGGUGCUAGGCAGAGACCAGAGGAGAGGCGCUUCAGAUCAGAGAUCAGUUUGAUAUUUUAACAAUCUGACAGUGAAAACCACAACACAGGAGUAACUUAUGACUGAGGUCCCACAAAGUUGUGCAUUGUCAAGUAAUGUCCCAGCAGGCUCUAUGCAGGUGACGCCAGCACAAAAGUCCGCUGAAUCGUGGUGUCAGCAGGAGCAAGCAGAAUGGGAAAACAUAAACAAAUUAUUAGUGCGACAUGGCUUAAAACCUGUGUGUCUUGCUAAACCAAGAAACAGCAGAAAUCUGUCAGAUACGAUUGUUUUAGACAAGCAGUCUUCACUGGGGAUAAGACUUGCAUUGAAAACACUGGUGGAUGACACUGAACGUCAACAGAAAAUGAUGCAUGGCCUUAUAGAGGCUAAUCGCCAGCUUAGGGAUGAUAUACGCCAGGAGAGAGGUCGGGCAUGUCGACAGGAACAACGAGCCAAAGAGUUGGAAAAUGUUGUGGAGAACAUCAAAUCCAAAAUUUGUCAGCUGGAAGAUGAGUGUAUAGCUAAAGUUUGCCAGCAACAGAAUCAAGUGAAAGAACUUCAGAAAGAUCAGCAAGCUUCACAGACAAAGUACCAUCACCAAAAUGAAAAGUUGCAUGAACAGGAAGAGACUAUUGCACGUUUGCAGAAGGAGCUCCAUAAGGUUGGGAUGGAAGAGCAGCAGCGUGUUGCCACGCAGAACAAAAUAUUCUGCCAGUUUUGCAAGCAAGCCCCAAAGUCUCUCUUGGAUCAGCAGUUUCUUAGUCUAAUUGAUUAUUAUGAAUCUCAGAUUAAUCAAAUGAAAAAGGAGCUAAGCAGAUAUAAAAAAGAUACAGAUCAUGUACAAGGAGAAGGAAAAGGCAAAGAAGAAUUCUUAAAUCUAGAUGCCACACCUAACUAUAGAGCAUUGCUUACGUCUUUCCAGAAUCAGCUCAUUGAGGCAAAAGCCAGGAAUGAACAACUUAUGUGUGAAAAUACAGAUCUCAAGAAAGAUUUGGAAAUAAGACCAACUGCACAGGAAUUAAAACUUUGCAAGCAGCAAGUGAAGAAAUUGGAGAAAAUGCUAAAGAAAAAUAUCAAAUCAUAUGGGAUUAUUAGAGGAGAAAAGAUAAAAGCAAACAAUGAAUCUGAGAGUACGACAGGAGAAGAUCAGCUACAAGCAGGUUGCAGGAGAUACUUACAGGUGCUGUCCAAGAUUGAUUCUGUUAUAAGUAGUCCAAGAGCUCCUCUGGUAAUAUAUAAACGGAGUAAAGGUCCAGUCCAAAAUUACAUGAAAGAGAAUGGACAAGAGUGUGGUUUUGAACACCUUCCUCCUACAGUGGAAAUGUGGGCAGACCAGCUAAUGUCCCUAAAGGACUUGCAUGGAUCCCUGAGAAAGCUAUCAGUGGAGUUGGUGCCCUGGCACACUGUAGACACACCUAACAUCACUGAAUGCGUUCGAGUUGAAGACCUACAGUUCAUAGUAGAUACAAUCUUGGAAGAAGUAGAAAAUAAGGAAAAGAACGGCCAGAUGCCUUCAUUACAAACAUUGUACGCAAUUGUCUCUCACUUCCAAAAGUUGUUUGACGUGACUUCUCUGAAUGGAGUUUAUCCGCGAAUGAAUGAAGUUUACACAAAGCUUGGAGAAAUGACCAAUGCUAUGAGAAACCUCCAGGAGCUCUUAGAACUAGAUCAUUCAGCCCCACCCGCUGUACUGGUGAACACUGUUGGAAAGCUAUGUACGGUAAUUAAUGAAAAUGUGACUGGACAGGUAGAGCAGCUGUUGGGGACCCAAGACAUCCAAAGUAUUAUCAACAAACUGGAAGAACAUGAAGACUUCUUUCCAGUAUUUCAAGCACUUAUUCAAGAUUUACUGUGUGUUUUAGCUCACAAAGUGGCUAAAAUGUCUCAAAAGGGAAUUAAUUAUACAAAGCCACAGACUCCUAUAGGCCAGACCUUAGCUGUUGGCAGUACUGGCUCUCAUACACUUUUCCGGCCUCCUAAUGAAACCAUCCGUGCACGGAUUGUGAAAACUGUUCAAAGUUAUUCCAUUUUCAAAAGUGGCUGGGAAAACGUCAGCCAAACCUACUUGAUUUUUAAUCUGUUUGCAUCACUUCGCAAAGGUUUCACUUUAAUGUGUAUUACACUUGGAGCUCUAGCCUUACCUUUAAUGCCAAAUAUGCUUAUUGUACCUGAGUCAAGUGUAUUUUUCAAUGCUGGGAUGUGGGACUUACUACGUGAACCCUGUGGAGUGCCUUAAAUGCGUAAAGCUAAAUUCAGCCUUCGUGUAAGGAGAUGCAAUUCCCUUGAAAACCAAGGCAAAGAGAGCUGCAUCUGCUUACACAGAUCUGAUUUUGACUGAAAUGUUUACACGAGUUCCCUGCUAAAUCCUUGGAGUUCGAGUCAGUGCUGUGGGCUGAGACCUCAAACAUUUAUUUUGUACAUAGUAGAAGCCUAUAAAAAGAAGGGUGUCCAGGUAAAGCAAAAUUCAGGCGUUAGAAGAUACAUACUUAAGAAUGUUCAGAUUGCUGUGAUUUAAUUCAAAGCAUGAAGAGGCGAGAGUGUCCAAUGAAGCAACACUGGAGGCAGCAUUGUGGUCCAGGGUUCUUGUGGGUAGAGUCACCAAUGGUUGGGGUUCCAGAUUGUGUGCCUCUGCAGGUGCAUUAAGCUCAGCAAUAGUCUCAUUUACUGCAGGGCCUGCUGGGUUCUCAGAUCCAGUAAGAUCUGCAUUGCUCUCCUUAGCUUCUUUGGAUUCAGGCACUCCAGAGUCUUUGCUCACAUGGGGCAUUUUGGAGGGUUCUGCUUUUGACAGUAGGGGAUUUUUGCAUUGGUUUCCACCCUUCUCUGCUGCAGGUACAGGAACUUGCUUCAAGGCAUUAACACCAGUAUAGGUGCUUUGUAGAUCAGGUUCCUUGAUGCACAAGACCUAAAACCAAGCGAGAUAGAAAAUCAGCUAGUGAUUAAUGUCAAUAUUAAAGCGCAUGCUCAUUCUGAAGCGCACAGUCUUGAUUUCCUGUUAAGAUUAUCCUAGGCCAGGGGUCAGCAACCUUUCAGAAGUGCUGUGCCGAGUCUUCAUUUAUUCACUCUAAUUUAAGGUUUCGCUGGCCGGUAAUACAUUUUCAUGUUUUUUAGAAGGUCUCAGUCUAUAUAUAUUAUAUAACUAAA